AUGGAGGAGCUUAACCAGCAGGUGGCCACCAGCUCUGAGCAGCUUCAGACCUACCAGUCGGACAUCAUUGAUCUGAGACGAACAGUCAACACCCUGGAGAUCGAGCUGCAGGCCCAGCACAGCCUGAGGGACUCCCUGGAGAACAUGCUGACGGAGACCGAGGCCCGCUACAGCUCUCAGCUGGCCCAGAUACAGUGUCUCAUCACCAACGUGGAGGCCCAGCUGGCCGAGAUCCGCUGCGACCUGGAGCGGCAGAACCAGGAGUACCAGGUGCUGCUGGACGUCCGGGCCCGGCUGGAGGGCGAGAUCAACACGUACCGGGGCCUGCUGGAGAGCGAGGACUGCAAGUUGCCCUGUAACCCAUGCUCCACUCCCUCGUGUCCCCCCUGUGCGCCCUCGCCCAGUGUGCCCCGCUCUGUCUGUGUGCCCCACACGGUCUGUGUGCCCCACACUGUCUGUGUGCCUUGUGUGCCCUGCCCCCCGGGCCGCUUCUGA